AUGGGAGUUUCUCGAGCCUUGCCUUUCGCGCUCGGCGCACUGGCAAUAUCCAGUGGGGUUGCCAUGUUAACUUUCGACAUCAUAUUCGCCAUCACUCUCUCCCGGAAUUCCCCACCAGUGGAGUUGAAAAUGGUAGCAAUCGUCGCCUCGGGUACUAGUGCUGUCACGGUGGGGUUAUUAUUGCUGCUAUUAGUACGAGAAAUUCAACAUCGCACCGGAGCUCAGAUCCAGGACCUAGGCCGUGGGAGGCAGCACACAUAUUUGCUGGCGGCAUUAGGGGGGGUUUUCGGUAUCUCAUCCGCAACUUCAUCCGCGGUACUGUUGGGCAUGGUGGCUCGUAGGACGCACGAACUUCCCGUGCGGACAAUCCUGUCGAAGACCAAAACAUUGGUCAUUGUCGCAUUUAUCGUGUGGGCAAUAUCUAUCAUCGCGGAAGCAAUGUUCCUCAUCUGCAUGAUUAUCAUUCAACGGAAAGACAGCCAAUAUGACCAGGAGUACGGGCGUGACGGCGAGCCACAGAAUCUGGCUGAGAUGGUGGAGUCGGGCAGGCCACGACUUUUGAGUCUGCAAAAGAGCAUUGCCAACCACGAUUUUUCUUCAAUAGGAUCCCCGCCUUUGAGUGAGCGUUCGCGAGCCGAUUCCGACAUGUCUUCAUUCCGCUUCUCAUUUAAACAAGUUGUUCGACCGAUCAGUUCGAAGACGAAACUCAUUGCGCAUAGCUGCAGGUCUUCGUACAGACCGCAAUCGAUUGUAUCGAAUAACGGAAGUCAGUGCGAGACAGUCCUAUCUAUCGAGGACGGAUUCGACUCAUGGGAUACAUCCGGUGUAGAUGCGCAAUCGCGAGAGGCUGUCGCAUCAGCAUCACCAACAACCCCACCACGCCUCCUUGAAACAAUACCAGCUAGCCCUACGAAUAGCCGGAGUGGAAGCCCCGUCUUCCCCUUAGAUCUGGAGCCGCCUAGGACAAGGCCGAGGAGUCGAAGCUACAGCCCCGCGAACAGCUGUAGAGACCUUUCCAGGACGACACGGAAUCAGGAUACGGAAAGCAUGAACAGCGAGGCACACAUUCACCCAUUGUUCCGUACAGACUCCCCAGCACCGCCUCCAGCUGCUACACCUGGCACAAUGGUCACGGCAGCUCCUGGUGCUGGACAAGUCAUCUCCGAUCGUCAAAGUAUCCGAUCAAUUCAGCGUAUAAGGAGCGGAAGUCUUCCUUCAUCUCCUGUCCUUGGACACUCGGCGAGCUUGGAAAGCAUUCGCCAACAUAUCGAGCGCGAAGAACUGGAGCGAUUGGAAGAAGUUGCAGGGCAGAGGAGUUUGACGCCUCCGAUUCCUGACUUCAUCUUGAAAGGUGUGCCCAGGAAUACCAUGCAGGUGUACAACUCGAGGAGGAAGCCCGCCGGGUUAGGUCCGUUGGGCGAAGUAAGGUACGCGUAG